CUAGCAUUUAAGACACGGACAGCUAUGAGACACUGAAAUAGUUUCAGGCGGGACAUGCGGGGGGAGCUGGCCCUAAAAUGAAAGUCUCCCGCCUUGGAGUCAAGCAGGGCUCUGUUAUGCUGUACCCGCGGCCCGGCCCUCCUCUUGGCAGGGAACUGCCGCCGCCUUCGCCUCUCCCCUCCCCAUUCUCACUUCAGCGCGCUCUGUAGGCGCCCCCUUCGUUGUACGGAAGGGAGAGGAAAGAGGCAGAGCCUCCCUCAGCCGAGAAGGGUGUAGGACGGCGGAGGGUUGAAUCUGAAGAGCGCCCCAGGAUGGGAGAGGGAGUCACCCCGGCGGCGGGUAUCUUCUACAUUAAUGGAACAGUUGGAUCAUUCAAGCACACUACAUGCUUUUUGCUUCUACAUGGUAUCUGAAUCUCAGUGCAGCAAAUUAGGACAAGAGGAAAUAAUUCCUUCCUUUUUCAUCAAGUGAAGUUCUACAAUUCUACCUCUAACAUUUAUUUAGACUGAGAGAAGGGGAGCAAUGUUACAUUACUAUGGUACACUUGCUGCGGGAUACAACUUUUCAGCAUCUCAAUAAAUAAUGACAUGUAAUCAGUGUGCCUUAAAUUAGCCUUCACAUUACCCUGGUUGUGUUAAGUUUCUCACAGAUAUCUACCUUACCAUUGACAAUGGACUACUCCAUGUUGUAAGAUUAUUUCCUUAGUUAACAAAAUCAGCUUGGAACCAUCUUAGUUCAGUUCAUAGUACUUGAAAUUCACAUUAUGGCAGCAACCUAUAGGCGUGUAGUAACAACAGUUAAUUAUUAUAGCAGUGUUGUGAUAGAUCGUCGACUUCAAGGUGCUGUGCAUUACUGCAGUGGGGCAUGUCAGGUAUUUAAGCAGGGAGCUGUGUGCACAGUAGCCCACCAUAGUGUUUGUGCAGAGCUGAUUAAAGUCCCUAAACACAACCUUAAAAGUUCAGAUCUGACCCGCAGACUUUCAAUGCCUGAAAAUUCCCUUUCUUUGACUGGGAAUGAAGAUUAUCACCAAAUCCUUCCUUGCAAUCCAAGGCUCAAAAAGGGGUCUUCAGUUCAAAGCGCUGGAAGUCUGAAAGAUAUAACUGGAGAAGCCAUAAAUCUUGCUAGUGGAAAAAUAAAAGAAUUUUCAUUUGAAAAACUCCGAAAUUCUUCCAAUCAAGUAACCUAUAGAAAAGGAAGAAAAGUUAAGUCAGAUCCAUUCAAUAGAAGGUCCCUAGAUUUUGACUUGAUCUAUGGUCAUUUCAGCAAUGAUGAAAAUUCCCCUCCUCCCUUUGCCCUGUCACGUAAUUCCUCAGUGGAGGAGAAAUGGCAGGUCAGCAGCACUUCAGCAGAGGGAAAUGUGAAUUCUACAGUUCCCUUACCGAUGCAUACUUUCUAUGAGGAUAGCUUUCUUACACAAAUUUUGGAAAAGCACAAGCUGGAUGGUUCUUCUAGUGGAGAUAUCAAGAUGUGCUUGGACAUCUUGCUCAAAUGCUCAGACGACUUGAAAAAAUGUACUGAUAUAAUAAAGCAAUGCAUCAGGAAGAAAUCUUCAGGUAAUGUCAGUGGAGGAAAUGAGAAUGAUUCCUUAGCCAAUUCUGAAAUUAUCUAUAUGAAUUUAAUGACAAGAUUUUCUUCUUACCUUAAAAAACUGCCUUUUGAGUUUAGACAGCCUGGGCUCACUGAGCCUGGUGACAUGGUAGAACUAAUUAAUAGUUUAUCUGCUUUGCAGCAGUCUCAUUUCCCCCCAAUAUUUGGCAAUGAACAGCCACCUAGAUACGAAGAUGUUGUAUCCUCCCCAUCCUUUGUGACAAGACAGUCUCCCACUUCAAACUUACAAGGUAGCCAGAACAGCACUAACGCAUAUGCCUCAGCAAAACCUAUCCACAUCCCCACUGUAGAUUUUUCUUCAGAUGUUUUGCAUGUCAAUAACCAGCAGGACUAUAUCGAAUCUAGAAAUGAUGCUUGUGCACUACCUCAGUUACUAUCUGUAAACCCGUCAGACUGCAUUUCUCCCACAGAAACUCUGUACAUUAUGGAAGAAUCAGACAGAGAAAAGGAAUUGGGCAGUGUAUCAAGUGCUAAGAGGAGAGGAAGAUGGGAGAAUUCAGAGAGCAGUGAGCAAAGCACUGAAAGGACAGACCCUGCUGUAGAUCCAACUAAAACACCACCUACUGUAUUGCAACCUGUAAUGCUGGCCCAAACCUCUACCCAUGCAACCUCCACCAGUCAAGGCUUUGAUUGUACUGUUCAGAUUUCAAAAGGAGAAUCUAGAAAAAACAAUCAAGAAGAGAUAGACAAACUUCUACUGGAUUUGGAGCAUUUUUCACAGAAAAUGGAGACUACUCUGAGAGAGACUACCACUAAUCAUAGUAAUUCUGCAUGUCUGAAGGGUAUUACCCUAUCUCCCACUCUUGAAAAUAAAGGUAAAGCCCGUUCACCUGUAGGCAAAAGUGCUCCUUCCUCUGCAUCAAAACUCAUGGAAACCAAUGGUCAUAAAAUUGAGGAUGAAGACAAAACCCUUUUAUUGCGAAUCCUGGAGAGUAUUGAAGACUUUGCCCAGGAACUUGUAGAAUUCCGAAUGGGCAAAGGAAGCUUAUCAAAAGAGAAGGAAGUUAUGCACAUCCUUCAGGAAACUUUGGCCACUCCCUCCAUCACAGCUGUCCAGCAAAGCUACAUAGGCACAGUUGCCAAAGAACCUGUCCCAUCACUUAUUCAGCAGAUACCAGAGGUUAUAAAGGUCCAAAAUAAGCAAGAGAAGAAACCUGUGACUACAUCCCCAUCUCCUGCAAAUUCGAUAGUCAGUCCACAGACACUUCUGCCUGUGAACAAAGUAAUUGUUGGUGCCCCUUUGUCCAUAAACAUUCCACGUUUCUACUUUCCCAGCGGACUUCCUAAUGUCUGCAGUAGUCUUGAGGACACAAUUAUCAAGGCUGAGGCAGCCUUUUUAGAGUUUGAAGAUGAGAGGGUCUCGCUUAAUGAAAUGGGGAAAAUUACAAAGAUAUGCUGUUGCCCUCUGUACUGGAAAACGCCCAUGUUCAAUGCAUCAGGAGGACAGCAGACAGGAUUUGUAUCUGUACAUUCGUUUGUAGCCAUGUGGAGAAAGAUAUUACACACCUGCCAUGAUGAUGCAUCAAAAUUCACCUGCCUUUUAGCAAAACCAAACUGUAACUAUUUGGAACAAGAGGAUUUCAUCCCAUUACUGCAGGAUGUAGUAGAAACUCAUCCUGGACUGACAUUUCUCAAAGAUGCUCCUGAAUUCCAUUCCCGCUACAUUACUACGGUUAUUCAAAGAAUAUUUUAUACAGUCAAUAGAUCUUGGUCUGGGAAAAUAUCUCUAACAGAGUUAAGGAAAAGCAACUUUCUGCAAACCCUAGCUCUCUUGGAGGAAGAGGAAGACAUCAAUCAAAUCACUGAUUAUUUUUCAUAUGAGCACUUCUAUGUUAUUUACUGUAAAUUUUGGGAACUGGACACUGACCAUGAUCUUUACAUCAACCGGAAAGAUCUGGCUAGAUACAGUGAUCAAGCUCUGUCAAGCAGAAUUAUAGAGAGAAUAUUCAGUGGAGCUGUGCUUAGAGGAAUUCAAGUACACAAAGAGAACCAGAUGAGCUAUGCAGACUUUGUAUGGUUUCUAAUUUCUGAAGAAGACAAAAGAAGUCUCACAAGUAUUGAAUACUGGUUCCGAUGCAUGGACUUGGAUGGGGAUGGCAUGCUCUCCAUGUACGAACUGGAGUAUUUUUAUGAGGAACAAUGUGAGAGGAUGGAAUCCAUGGGCAUUGAGCCACUGCCAUUCCAUGACUUACUGUGCCAAAUGCUUGAUCUAGUAAAGCCAGAAUGUGAGGGAAGGGUAACACUGCGAGACUUGAAAAGAUGCAGAAUGGCUCAUGUAUUUUACAACACAUUUUUUAACUUGGAAAAGUACUUGGACAAUGAACAGCGGGAUCCCUUUGCUGUGCAAAAGGAUGUUGAGAAUGAUGGCCCUGAACCCUCUGACUGGGACAGAUAUGCUGCUGAGGAGUAUGAAAUUCUUGUCGCUGAAGAGUCUGGCAAUGAACAGUUACAAGAAGGAUCUUUUGAGGAUGACUAUGAAACCGAUGAACUCUUACCUCUACCUGAAAUUGAAGAAAAGUCAGACCACUUAGUUAUCUCAGACCUGUCAACAUAAAUAUAUUGGAAAAGUGUCUCUAAGGUCUGUUAAUAUUAAAUGGAAGAGUCUUGAGUUCUUACAUUUCAUUUGAAACAGUAACACAAUUUUUAAAAAUCAAUAAUUACUUGCUUCUGCAGUAUGGUAACUCCCAACAGUAUGGUGAUGUGUGUGGACAUGUCCUUGCGCAGGCAUACUUAGAAACUGUACACUAACAAGAACAGUAGAUCCUACAACAAAGCACAGAAAAGGGCGGAAAGAAUUCAUGGUUGUAGAACAACAAAUAAUUUAAAAUAAAUUGAAGAAAUUGUUUUUUU